CAUUCCCAUUGCGAUUGCGCAAUCUUUAAAAAUCUUCAGCCAGCAGCAUUUGAAAGUCAUUGAAACAUUGAUUGUUAUUAUAACGUUUUGCAAAAAUUUAAAAAAUAUGGAGGAGACCAUGGAACCAGAUAAAAUAUGGGACUGUAUUGUUGUAGGUGCAGGAAUAGAAGGCAGUAAUACUGCAAGAUAUUCAGCUUCACUUGGGAAAAAAACGCUGUGUUUGGAACAGGUACUGUCAUCAUAUUUAAUUGUUGCUAUACGUUUCUCGUCGUAUUUAAUUGUUGUUUUGUAGUAAUGUGGUCUGAGGCAGAGACUUUGGUUAUAUCGUCACGUUUUGCGCACAAAUAGAUUUCUCUCUGAUCUUUGCCCUGAUCACAACCACUCCCUAGCUAGUUGUGCCAUGUUGUAGCUCCACAUCAGUACAUCACAGAAUAAGUCAUACAGAAGCCCGACUUGUUGGUUUUCCCUAUGAUUUUCCAAUGAUUUUGGCGUAACCGUAAUUCGUCAUCAAAAUGCUGACGCCAUGGUCCUAGCCAGUGUGCGUUUGAGAGGCAUUCACCCCUCUGAUAAUAUUCAAAACGGUGGACUUCCAGGGGGGGAUGCCUCUCAAACACGCAUUGGCUAGGCCCAUGCCGUCAGCAUUUUGAUGAUGAAUCAUGGUGUGGCAGUGGUUACUUGAGUCAACCUUCUGUGUGUCUUUAUUCUGUAACCACAUGCCAACAGACAGGUUCAGAUUUUGACUUCCACCACCAGAUUUUGACUUAUUAACCAAUCAGAUGAAUUUAAUCUACCCGAUUAACCAAUCAAAUGCAUAUCAAUCCAGUGUAGCAGUUGUGAAAUCUGAACCUCUCUAAUAUAUAUGACCAGACCUCUAUACUUGCACAUCAGAUAUCCCACCCUCAGAUGUGUCUUGCUCAACUUUCCUCUUCAUAUUUUCAAUGUAAUGGUCUUGUCAACAAAUAAAUUACCUACAAUAUUAGACUUAUUCCAUGAUAUCUUUGAUCCCUCCCUGUCUCCCCGACCACAGAGUAAUCAAAUGUCGAUCUUCACACAGAAUAAUCAGUUUUUGUCCUGUGCAUUUAUUCUGCAAUCCCAGACUUUCCCCGGUGACCACACAUCUCACUAUUGUGAAGAAAUCUGUGGUUCUAGGAUGAAAUCUACCCUUCAAAUAAUUUAUUUUUUAGAGAUGAAUGCUGUUGUAUCAUUGAGUCAUUGGUAGCCAACGAUUAUAUAUAGAUGAAUAUUAGACACACAGUCAGUCAGUCAGUCAGACAGACAGGUAGACAGACAAACAAACAGACAGACAUUUAAAUUCUGCCACUUCAGUGCAUUUUAAUGACUUCUAAUACACCAGGAGUGACAUUAUCUAAUAUAUAUUAUAUCUUUGCAAAUCUCCAUGUAUCGUAGUAGAAUAAUAUUUUUCUGUUUAGUUUCCACUCCCCCAUUCUCGAGGCAGCUCUCAUGGUCAGUCGAGGAUAACACGUCAUUCAUACGAUAAAAAAUAUUAUGCAGACAUGAUGCCUGAGGCUUUUGCAUUGUGGGAACAAAUUGAGCGAAUGGCAAAGGAAAAACUCUUCAUGUAAGUGUGGUAUCUCUUCUGAAUUUGUUCCUAGAGGUUCAGUGAGGAUCAUCUCUUAUUGAUCCAGUGUUACUACAGGAGGAAACCUAAGCUAACUUUAUUUAUACUGGAUAACUCUAUCAGUUCUAAACUAUUGUCAAUCCCUAGAGGUCCAGUGUGGAUUAUCUUCUAUUCUUCUUGUAUGCAACUGAAAUGAUAAUGAGACAACUAUUUAAUCAAGAUCAGAUGUUCUUCAUGCAGUAUACAUUCAAUUUUUAGCAAUUGUGGUUGUCUAACCAUCGACUCUCCACCUUACACCUCAAUCAACCACGUCAGAGAUAAUUUAACAUCAAAUGGCAUCAAAACUGAACCAGUUAGCAACAAAGAGUUGAAAGAGAAAUACAGACUAAAUUUUCCUUCUGGUCACCAAGGUUUACUUGAACCAACAGGAGGGAUGUUAUUAGCCAGUAAAUGUCUUGCUGCCGUCCAGGUAUAACAUUUAGAAGUACUGUUGUAGCUCUUGCACUCUGUGGAUUUUAAAUAAAUAGCCAGUAUGGGUAAAGCUGAUAACAAGACAUUUACAGAUUGAGUGAGUAUAAUUACAACUAAAUACAAGUAGAACUUCAAUGUUUAUAUUUUCCAGGUACAAAUGUAAAAAUCUCACAAUUUGUCAACAAGAUGUGUUUGCAACAGGCUUUGUCAACAAGUUGUAACAAUGCUGUUAUUUUAUCAUCAAUUAUCAAGUUGCUACAAGGUUGUCACUCACAACUUGUUGAAUUGCAGGACGAUAACAAGUUGUUGGAACAACUUUUAACGAGUCUGUUGAGCUCAACAACCUUGUAGCAAGUUGGCAACAAGCUGGGAACAAGCAGUGCAAACACAUCCUGUUGACAAGUUGUUGGAACAGCAUUGCUACAAGUCUGCUGCAGGAUUGUUACAACUUGUGCGUUUGUAUCUCUCUCAAUCUGUAAUAAGUAUCUUUAUUUGUGUAAAGAACCAGUUCGUGAAGUUCGGAGGUGUGUUACAAGACAACGAGAAGGUCACUGACAUUGUUCCUGGAGAUAUUAUCCACGUCAAGACAAACAAAGGAUUGUACAAAACCAGGAAGCUUAUUUUAACACCAGGUAAUACAAGCUUCUGUUGGUAACAAUAAAUUGUUUUUGCUUUGCUUUGUGUUGGUCUUAACUUCCUGAACGAAAUAAAGAACUCUCAUCAACUUUGAGCUGCAUGGUUCAAAUUUUGAUGAUUAUCGAGUAAACUCUCAUCAACUCUCAUGCAACUCUUGUUUUCGUUUGACCGGGGCAUGAAAGUUGACAAAACUCGCAUGCAAAUUAUCGCUUCUCAACUCCCAUUCUUGUUUGACCAUGGCGAAUGAUAAUACGUCUGUCAAAUUUCUACAUAAAAAUUGUCAGAUAAAAUCUUUUCCCUGCCUAAUGUCGCCUGGACGGGUCAUCUGUUCCUGGACAAGAGUAUAUCUUUAACGCUCUCCAUUUAAUAUUGUGUUUAGGACCUUGGGCAAGUUCGCUUCUCCGACCACUGGGCAUUGAUCUUCAAUUAAAGGUUGUUGUGAUUUAUUAUCUGCUAAUUAUUAUCAUGUAUUCCCUGGUGGAAGUCAAAUUAUACGAAUAAAGUUUAAUUUUGUUCUUCAUACGAAAAAUUAGCCGCCGUUUUGUGUUGAUUUGUGGUCGAUCGCAGAGUGUUCAACGUAAUUUUUCAACCGAUUUCUUGCAGCCAAUACGAACAAGCGCUUUGUACUGGAAGGUUAAGCAAUCUGGUUUUACAGCUGAGGAGAACUAUCCUUGUGUUAUUGAUCACACGCCUGAUUGUGUAAAUAUAUUUAAUGGAACUAUCUACAGCCUGCCUUGCUACGAGUAUCCUGGAAUGAUAAAGGUAUGUCUGAUUGCGCUCCUAGUUCCAAACUGUUCUUUCUUGAGGUCCAGUAAGGCCAUCCCUCACAGGUUCUGUGUUACGACACGCGUAAAAACGCACAAGUUGUUACAGGUCUGCAAACAAGUUGUUACAAAUCUGUUCACAAGCAGUCGACAAUUUGUGUUCGCACUGCUCAGACUUGUUACAAGGUUGUUCUAACAAGUCAGAUACAAUCGUGAUACAACAAGAAUGUUACAAGGUUGAUGACACAAGGUUGUAACAAUAUUGUUAUAUCAUGACUUGUUGGAACAAUCUUGCAACAAGUCUGAUAAGCUUGUUACAAGUUGUUAACAGCUUGUUCCAAACUUGUUGACAACUUGGGACAAGCAGUGCGAACACAACUUGUUAACGGCUUGGCUUGUUGGCAGACUUGUUACAAGGUUGUUAAAAGUUGUUAACAGCUUGUUCCAUACUUGUUGACAACUUGGGACAAGCAGAAGUUGACUGAGAUGAAAUUAUGAUGAGACCAGCAUGCCCUAACCAACUUUUCUACCUCUGUUUUUGUUUUCAGAUCUGCUUACACAAUGGACCCGCAAUCAAUCCUGACGCCCGGGAUGAUGUUGACUACAGCUGGGUUGAAAAGAAUACUUCGGAAUAUGUGAGACGUUAUGUUAUGGGUGUUGAGGGGAAACCAAGUAUAACAGAACAUUGCAUUUAUACAGUAAGUUUGUUUGAAGGCAUUUUGUGUGGCCAACUAUUUAUUUCCUCCACUACAACAUAUAAUGACAAGAAUUGAAACCUAUACUACUUUUAGGACACCAUAGCAAUUUUUUCUCCAGUAACUCUUUGUCCUUCCUCAGGUAUCCCCAGACGAUGAUUGCACUUUAGAUCGACAUCCGAAGUUCGAUAAUAUUGUCAUUGGUGUCGGAUUUUCGGGUAAAUAUUUCAUAUAUAUUAUAGUAUAGUUAUUUUAGUGCCAGUAUUUUCACCUUUGUGGCAGGGUUUAAUACUUUAAUUCCUGCAAUAUAUGUUAGUUUGAUAAAUAUAUCCUUUUCAUAACUUGUGCAUGAUCACUGUAUCUGCUUUAUUUUGCAGGCUCUGGGUUUAAAAUUUCACCAGUGGUUGGAAAGAUUUUGUUCCAGUUGGCGUUUGGCUUGCAGCCAAAUUACGAUAUGGCGCCUUUUAAAAUAGCAAGAUUUCAAAAAUCCAGGAUAAAAUCCGUCUUAUAAUCUCAUCCCUGUUGUUGAUUUGGACGUGAAUACAUGUGUAAAUAAAUAAAUACAUUAUUUGCACAAUUGCACUGAUAAAUAUCCGCUCUGGUCCAACAGAUCGAAAGGUUUGCGAAACAGUAUAUAAACGUGUUGUUUUUCACAAAGGUAUUGAACAAUAAGGUAUUGAACAUGUUUUAGGAAAGCAAAAAUAUGCUGCCUAAAUAACUAUCUCUGUUGAAUAUUAAAGGCUUAAAGCAAAAAGUAGUUUAAAUUUACAGACACAUGAAAUAGUAAAUGCGCUUUGACUAUCUUUACGUCGAUAUUACACAGUUUUCCUUAUUUAGUGAGGCCAGCC